AACACUAUUUUUCAUAGCUUUUUUCACUCAUUUUAUUCUCCUCAACCACCCUUUUUUGCUUUUGCUUUUCUCUCAAAAACAAAAUGACCAUAUGUGUUGAGCAAUUUGACUUUGGAUCACAUUUUGAAGACAAAAAUAAGCAUUCUGAAGACAUCAAUGAGCUUGUUCUUGAUGGUGGAUUUGUUCAACCAAAACAAGAUUCUAAUGAUGCAUUUGUUGCCCCUGAUAUCAAUGCAUUUGGUCAUACCUUCAGAAAUUAUGAUGAAGAAAGUGAAAGGCAAAAGGGGGUUGAGGAGUUUUAUAGAUUGCAACACAUCAAUCAAACAUUUAAUUUUGUGAAGAAAAUGAGGGAGGAAUACAUGAAAUUGGACAAAGCUGAAAUGAGCAUAUGGGAAUGUUGUGAAUUGUUGAAUGAGGUUGUUGAUGAAAGUGAUCCUGAUUUGGAUUUACCCCAAAUUCAACAUUUGUUACAAUCAGCUGAAGCUAUUAGAAAAGAUUAUCCUAAUGAAGAUUGGUUGCAUUUGACUGCUCUAAUUCAUGAUCUUGGAAAAAUUCUUCUGCUUCCAAAAUUUGGUGAACUUCCUCAAUGGGCUGUUGUUGGUGAUACAUUUCCCUUAGGUUGUGCCUUUGAUGAAGCAAAUAUUCACCACAAGUAUUUCAAGGAUAACCCUGAUAUCAAAUAUCCUGAAUAUAACACUAAGAAUGGGAUCUACAAUGAAGGAUGUGGGUUGGACAAUGUGAUGAUGUCAUGGGGGCAUGAUGAUUAUAUGUGUAUGGUUGCUAAGGAAAAUGGUUCCACUUUGCCCAAAGCAGGAUUGUUCAUCAUCAGAUACCACUCUUUUUACCCUUUGCAUAAGGAAAAUGCAUACACUCACUUGAUGAAUGAAGAAGAUUGUGAGAAUCUCAAGUGGCUCCACGUAUUUAACAAAUAUGAUCUCUACAGCAAAAGCAAAGUUCAUGUUGAUGUCGAUGAAGUUAAGCCGUAUUAUCUAUCGCUAAUUGAGAAGUAUUUCCCAGCAAAGCUCAAAUGGUGAUUUGUGAACCUUGAAGAUACUUGAGAUUGAGAGAAAUAUAUACUCUCUCCGACCUCAAUUAUAAGUAAAAGUUUAUGUUUUAGAUUCAUUAAAUAAAUGAUGUAUCUUAUUCUUGCGGGUGAUUUGCAAAAUAGCUAAAUAAAGUAUUUCUUCCUACAAAAAAAAAAGGAAGUAUUUCUUGUUAAUUAUUUGUAUGAUCAUCUUGUCUUGUAAUACUAGUAGUGUACUUUUUCCAUUGGUGAUCAAUAUUCAAUAAUUGUGGGGUUUGUUUAAGAAUCUGACUGACGCAUAUGCUUAAAUUAGUACAACAUCUUACAUAGAUGAAUUUAAUGAGUA